UGCGCAGUGCUGCCUUACGUGGCAUCGGCAGCAGUCGCAUCGGUGGACAGUUACAUCGAGUUAAAUUGACGUACAUUCUCCUGUACAUCCUCCCGGACAUUAAGAUUUGUUAUGAUUCAGUUUAAAGCACACUUUACAAUAUAACAUGCAGCAUAUUCCAGACGUAGGAAGGCAGCAUCCGUACGCUGCGUCUGUGCCUCCGAUAAGCAAUCAACCAGGCUAUUUAAAGCAGCCGAUUGUGGGAGAGCAGAGUUCACAAAUGCAUUCUCAGUUACUGUCGGCACCACCACUACCACCACCCAUGGAUCACCCUCAAAUGAUGAAUCCUCCGCCGACAGGCGUUCCCGGUCUUCAGAUACCUUCGCGUUUACCACCGGGUUUACCGCACGGACCCGGGCAAACGUCUAUAGGUUAUCAAGCUCACGGGACCAAUCUGCCGAAUGCCAGCCUACACCAUCACCCAUCUGGAGUACCACCGUACAACUCCGCGCCGCCGCCGUUAUCGUCGCAUAACUCUGCGCCGCCGUUGCCGUCGCAGAAUUCCGCGCCGCCGUUGCCGUUGCAGAAUUCCGCGCCACCGCUGUCGUCGCAGAAUUCCGCGCCACCGCUGUCGCAAAAUUUCGCGCCGCCGAUGCUGUCGCAUAAUUCCGCGCCGCCGAUGCCGUUGCAUAAUUCCGCGCCGCCGAUGCCGUCGCAUAAUUCCGCGCCGCCGUUACAGCCGCAAGUUUUAGCAGCCCCAACGAAUUCGGACUCGUCGCAAUUCCCCCCUCCACCCCUCUUAACGACGGGACAGUCCAUAGCGAGCCCUCCAGCGUCCGGCUUCUCUCAAGCACGACAGAAUCAAUAUUUGCCUCCGACUAUGCCCCCGAUGCCAGGCCAGCAUGCUGCGAGUCCCGCAGGGCCGGGCUUAAUGCAGCCUGGACAGAGACAGUACGGCUCUCCCAUGCCUCCGUUACCAGGACAGACCUUAGCCAGCCCUCUGGGGAUGAAUCGCGCGUCGCCUGGCAUUCACACUUCGGGCUAUCAGCAACCAACGUACCAACAGCCAGGAUAUCACAAUCAGAUGGACAUGUACAAUAAUCAAAGAAGCCCAUAUCAAAGUAAUACGCCCAAUGCUACAGGAUAUCAGCCAGGAUUGCAGCCCCCGCAAGCUAGACGACUUGAUCCAGACCAAAUGCCGAGUCCAAUUCAAGUGAUGCAAGAUGAUCAAAAUAUGAGAGGCGGCGUAUUCGUGACGAAUCAGAAAGGUCUGGUGCCGCCUUUGGUAACAACAAAUUUCGUAACUCAAGAUCAAGGAAAUACUUCUCCCAGAUACAUCAGAUCCACUAUGUAUACCGUUCCCACUACUGCUGAUAUUAUAAAGCAGACUAAUGUUCCCUUUGGACUUGUGAUAAGUCCGAUGGCUCGUAUUGUGCAAGGAGAGUACGAACCACCAAUUGUAGAUAUGGGUGAGGUUGGACCAGUACGUUGCGUACGUUGUAAAGCUUACAUGUGUCCGUUUAUGCAGUUCAUUGAUGCUGGCCGAAGAUUUCAGUGCAUGUUUUGUAAAGCAACGACAGAAGUUCCAAAUGAAUAUUUUCAACACUUGGACCACACGGGUCAACGCUUAGAUCGUUAUGAGAGACCUGAGCUGAUGUUGGGUACAUUCGAAUAUAUAGCCACAAAAGAUUAUUGCAGGGACAACAUUUUUCCAAAAUCACCAGCCAUUGUGUUCAUAAUCGAUGUAUCAUACAAUACAGUUAAAUCGGGAUUAGUAAGCUUAUUGUGUACAAAGAUGAAAUCCAUAAUAAAGAAUCUACCUAUUGAUGAUGGACAAACCAAGAGCAACAUGAAAGUUGGCUUUAUAACGUACAACAAUACCGUGCAUUUUUACAACAUCAAUCCUUGUCUUGCUCAACCGCAAAUGAUGGUUGUCGGAGAUAUUCAAGAUGUAUUUAUGCCACUGCUGGAUGGAUUUUUAUGCGACAUCGAGGAGAGUGAGGCGGUCAUCGACAGUCUUAUGACGCAGAUUCCUCAAAUGUUUGCUGACACUCGAGAGACAGAAACGAUUCUUGCUCCUGCCAUACAAGCUGGAUUAGAAGCAUUAAAGGCGUCCGAACGUGCUGGCAAAUUAUUGAUAUUCCAUUCGUCGUUGCCAAUUGCCGAAGCACCUGGGAAAUUGAAAAAUCGUGAUGAUCGUAAAGUACUUGGAACAGAUAAAGAAAAAACGGUAUUAGCUCCGCAAAACACUGUCUAUAAUAAUUUGGGUCAAGAAUGUGUUGGUGCAGGUUGCAGUGUGGAUUUAUUUAUAUUUAAUAAUUCAUAUGUAGAUAUAGCAACAAUCGGUCAAGUUUGUCGUCUCACGGGCGGAGAGAUUUAUAAGUACACUUAUUUCCAGGCUGAUAUCGAUGGCGAAAGAUUAAUUUCAGAUAUUAUUAAUAAUAUUAGUAGACCAAUUGCUUUUGAUGCCGUUAUGCGAGUGCGUACAUCAACUGGUGUUAGAGCAACCGACUUCUACGGACAUUACUUUAUGUCUAAUACGACCGACAUGGAAUUAAGCAGUAUAGACUGCGAUAAGGCUAUUGGAAUUGAAAUUAAACACGACGACAAGCUAACGGAAGACGAAGGUGUGUACAUUCAAGUGGCUUUGCUGUAUACCUCCUGCGGUGGCAUUAGAAGAUUGCGAAUCAUGAACUUGGGCCUGAAAACCUCGUCGCAAAUGGUUGAAUUGUAUCGCGCGUGCGAUUUGGAUGCCAUCAUAAAUUUCUUUUCUAAGCAAAAUGUUUUCAAAUUAUUGGAAUCUACACCAAAAACGGUAAAAGAUAACCUGAUCGCACGAUGCGCAAACAUGCUGGCUGUAUAUCGAAAGCACUGUGCAACACCAUCCAGUGCUGGACAGUUAAUCUUACCAGAAUGUAUGAAAUUACUUCCGCUCUAUAUAAAUUGUUUAUUGAAAAAUGAUGCAUUAACAGGAGGAGCCGAUAUGACCAUUGAUGAUAGGUCUUAUGUAAUGCAGGCGGUUGCAAUAAUGCCCGUUUCUAUAUCAGUUGCAUAUACUUAUCCGAGAUUAUUUCCUUUGCAUGAUGUUGAUCCUGACGAUACGGAACUGCCUCCAAUGUUGCGUUGCUCGAUCGAUAAAUUUACAGACGAUGGCGCCUAUUUACUUGAAAACACUAUCCAUAUGUUCUUGUGGUUGGGCAUGGCACUUUCUUCCCAAUGGGUACAAGGUGUCUUUGGAGUAUCUUCGGUGGUCCAAGUCGAUACAGAUCGUACACUGCCGAUACUAGACACUCCUUUAAAUAAGAGAAUUACAAAUAUCAUCAAUCGGAUACGUGGCGAAAGACAUCGCUGUAUAAAAUUAACGAUAGUGAGGCAACGUGAAAAAUUGGAAAUGGUGCUGCGCCAUUUCUUGGUUGAAGAUAGAGGAACCGAUGGAAGUCCUAGCUACGUCGAUUUCCUAUGCCACAUGCACAAAGAAAUAAGAACACUUCUUAGUCAAUAAAUAAUAUUUUUUAAGUACUCAGCUAGCUUGUACUCUGGCUCUUUCGCAUCGAUGAUUUGUUCUAAAUCUCAUUGCCUAAAGAAUUUCAAGCAAGGCUUUGUACUCGAUCAUUGUAUUUUUGUGCAUCUUAACAUGCAUUAAGCGUUACACAGACACAUAUAUAUACACACAUACAUGCACACACGGAAUGGUUCACUUGUGCGUAGUAAAUAUUUUUACUAUUUUAAAUAAUA